GUCUCCCAACCAUCCGCUGCGCCGGCUCUUGUCCGUCUUCACCUUCGGAUCUAUCUUCAUCAACUUGCAAGCUAUGCACACUCUCAUCGGAGAAAGGCAUGUCUUGCAUCGGUCGACUCCAUUUGUGGAGUUCGAAGGGCUCAGCGAGGUGGUUCCAAAGAGCUUGCAGCCGCUGCCCGAAAAGCACAAGGCUCUCCUCAAGGACGAAGAGUUCAAUCAGCUUCCCGAGAAGCUGAAGCAGGCACCUUACUACUCGGAUGGAAAGUUGCUGUUCAAUGCUGAGAGGAAUCUCCUGCGGGAGUUCAGAAAGCUCUAUGCGUAUGGACCUGUGGGCUUCUGCAACUCCAAGGACGAGGUGACCGGCCCCGAGGUGAAGCAGUUUCUCGCCGAGCUGGUGGCAGAGCAUCACUCAGCACACUACAAUACCUCCGACUACUCAAACGCCACCUGCAUCGAACUCUUUGAGGAGCACCUGAUGUCCAUUGUGUGGACUGUCACUGGCUGGCAUCGACAUGUCGGCACAGUGGGCGACUACUAUCGCGACCCCGAGUUGGCGAGCUUCUCAUGGAGAGAGAACGAGCGAUCCGCCAGGCCUUUGCAGCACAUGCAGAUGACAACUGUGGCUGUCUUUACAUCUGCCUUGCAGCCCAAGAUCAUCGAGGACUACAGUCAUGUCUUUCAAGGCAUCUACAAGGAGCAGGAGAUGGUGAAGCUGAUGGACAACUUUCGGUCGGAGCUGGAGCAG